AUGAAUGCUGCAACUCGCAUUUGUUUAUUGCGUUUUGCAUCGAAUGCGAUGUGCACACUCAAUAAACUUUGUGGUAUUCUGGUCACAUUCCGUAUCAAUCUGCAACGGAUUACCAACACCCAUACAAUCAACAACACGACCAGAUUAUUAGUGGAUCAAUCUAUUGCUGUCAAACUUGUAGUCAUGACCCAACUCGGUACAAAUCAGGUCAAGUUUGAUCCAGAAACUCCAACAAAAACCAUCAACCUGACCACUGAACUGGCUGCUCGUUGA